GUUGGUUAGUUCUUGAAGACACUUGCACAAUAUACAAACGGCGACCCGAGGACGAAACGAGAUCAAAUCAAGCAGAAAAGUCUGAGAAGAAUUUUAAAUCACAGCAGCCUUAAUAGAAACAUUAUCAAGAAAUGAUGGAAGAAGCACAUCUUAAAAUUCUUCUUGGGAUUGGCCUGGUGCUUGGGGGUUUUUUAACUGUUGCAACGGCUCCAGUGAACGUCAAAGGAGAUGUUACAGCAACUACCAUGGACUUUUUAGAAUCGUUUGGGUACCUACGAAAACCCGACCCAAGAGCAGGGAAACUGUUGAGCCAAGAGGAAGUAGUAAAAGCAGUGGAGAAGAUGCAAGAGUUUGCAGGCUUACCGCCAACUGGGGUAGUGGACAGUGAGACUGCUAAACUGCUAAACACAUCUCGUUGUGGGAUGCCUGACAUCGGCAGGGCAGAUAGCGCCAGAAGGAAAAGGCGAUACAACAUCCAGGGAACAAAGUGGAACAAACAGAAACUCACAUGGCGUGUAGAAAACUAUGGCAAUGACGGUCUGAGUCCUGAAAGGGUAAAAAUGAUCUUUGAAAAUGCGCUCAGUAAAUGGUCCAGCGUUACCAACAUAGAAUUCGAAGAAAUUGCGACAGGAGAGCCAGAUAUCUGGUUCAGAUUCGUUCGUGGUGCCCAUGGUGAUCCAUACCCAUUUAGAUCACCUGACAGUUCCGUAUUGGCGCAUGCUUUUUAUCCAAUGGAUAGCAAAAUGCCUCUCUCUGGCGAUGUUCACUUCAAUGACGAUAAACGCUUCACGAUUGAGUCGCGAACCGGGAAAGACCUCUUGUGGGUUUCAGUCCACGAGCUAGGCCAUUCUAUUGGCCUGGACCAUUCUGACGUCAGGGGCUCUAUCAUGUUCCCGUAUUACCAAGGGUAUCAAGGCGCAGAUUUCGACCUUACUCCCGAUGACGUCAGAGGAGCCCAGGCUCUUUAUGGUGAAAAGGCCGUCACAAUACCAAGCAUACCUACUGUCACUGUCCAGCCGUACGACUCUCGGUGUUUCAAUAGAAUGGAUGCUGCUUUCCUUGGCAAUGACAAAAGAACUUAUUUCUUCAACUCAGAUAAACUCUACAUCCUGAAGAAGACCCUUGGCAUUGAAAAAGGACCAAUUCUAGUUUCUAAAUUGUUUAAAGGAGUAUUAUCUGUUGAUGCAGCAUUCAAAAGACAGCAUGAUAGGAACACAAUCAUCUUUAGUGGAAAAAGCUACUAUGUAUUCAGUGGUGAUCAUGAUUAUGUCUCUGGUCCAACUCCCAUCAGCCAGGGUUUUGUUGGCCUUCCCGCAAAUUUUGGUGACAUUGACGGUGCAUUUGUUUGGCCAGGCAACAACUUGUUGUACAUCUUCAAAGGGUCGGAAUACUGGCGUGUCUAUACAUACGGCAGUAUUUAUCGCGCAGCCAGCGGCUAUCCAAGGAAAAUAUCAUCUGCAUGGGGUGGAAUUCCAGAUAAUAUAGAUGCUGUGACAACCUGGGCAAAUGGAGUUUCGUACUUCUUUAAAGGCAGCAAAUACUAUAGACUCAGUCAAAAUCUUUACUUGGAACGUGGAUAUCCAAAGGAAAUUACCCGUGGUUGGAUCAGGUCUGGUUCGUGUUCUUCCUCUGGCAAAGUUGUUGACGGUGGGGAGCAAGCGAGCAGUUCUAAAUCUACACGGAGGUUGCUGUAGUUACAAUGAUAAUGUCAAUAGUUGUCACUAUGCUUCAAGUUUCUUCGUAGAAUUUCAUGUCCGUCUAGUUGAAUUACAUAUCAAAGGAUAUAAGAACAGAUUUUCAAAUUGCAAAGAACAGAUUUUCAAAUUGCAAAGGAUAUAAGAACAGAUUUUCAAAUUGCAAAGAAACUUACCAUGCUAAAGACUAACAGUAGAAACUCGCACGAUUAAAGCUUUGUUAUAUAUUUAUUCAAAUUGUUUGUAAUUGAGACUGUUUGUAAAUAAUUCCACAUGUAGUUUAUUUAUUGUUGUAACUUUAGAGAACUUUGUAACUUUAUUGUAGGGAUAUAUAUAUUAGAAAGAUUUAUGGUUUUAUUGAUCUAUACCCCAUAAUAGGAUGUUUGUAGGUUAUAAACUUCUAUGAGAUAAACCUGAUAAAGUUGUCUGCACUUAGCUUGUUUAUGCCUUCAAGUAAAGAAGUCGAUAAGCCAUGUCACAUGGUCAGUGGAAUGCCAUUUUUAUUCUUUCUCUCAUCCAGUGAAUUGCCUGCUUUAAGAUUGAAACAAAAAUGGUAGAACCAUUUUUUGCUCAACACAACUGUUUAAUGACUGGCAGAUAAAGGGCGAAGGGAAACUUUUUCAACUCAAUAACGGCCUAGACUUAGCCGCUUCUAUAUUCAAGUCGCCCGUGGCAGUCUGUUCAGGAUUGUAGUUACCAUCGUGAAAAAAAACUGACAAAUCUUCAAGAUCAGUUGUAUUGAAGUUAAAUCUUACUUUUCAACUUAAAAUCACCCAUGCUGAAUAAAUACAAAGCUUGGUAGCCUAUUUGUAUGAGAUGCUGCGGUAUUAUUGCCUUAGCAUUGGCGUUAAAUGAACAAUUUUCACCACUAUGUUAAAAAGCAUAGCAGCACCCACUUUUUCUUCGCGUUUUGGAGAAAGAGGCUAUUGUGAUCUGUAAUUUAUGUAUAUAUUUGGGAUAAUCAAUUAGAACGCAGACAAAUAAAGUAUUCUUGUAAUUGGAAUUUGUAACAUUAUGCAGUUUUAGCAUCCUACAGUAUGUUCCCUAGUUUUAAAUAAAAUUAUUUUCUGCAAGACGUUUUCUCAACCAAUUUUAUACACCCGUUUGUUGACAUUACAAAA